AUGGAAGACACGCAAGCUGCACCACCCGCAGUGGUGGUGGCUGUGGGUUCGUGCUGCGUGGACCUCAUCGGCGUGGUCGACCACUUCCCGCGACCCGACGACAAGACCCGCACACGACACUUCCAGGUGGAAUGUGGAGGCAACUGUGGGAACGUCGCGGUCGCGCUGGCACGGCUGGGAGUGGCCGCGCGGCCGCUGGCCAAGGUGGGCGCCGAUGCGUGGGGCAGGUUCAUCGUGCAGCAGCUCCGCAACGAGGGCGUCGACACUCGGUCCCUCGUCGUCAAGCCGGGGGAGGAGCCAACCAGGGUGUCGUCACCGUUCACGUACAUCAUCGUGGACCAGGCCACCAAGACCCGCACGUGCCUCCACACACCGCUCUCUGAAGACUUCCUCGACGAAGAGUUCUUCCAACCUGCGCAAAUCGAGGAGCUGCUGAGGGACUGUCGUCUGCUCUUUUUGGAUUCGAGGCACCCGCGAGCUGCGCGCCUGGUGGCGCUCGAGGCGCGGAAGCGGGCGAUACCGGUGCUCAUGGAUAUCGAGAAGGUCAGGGAGGGCAUGUUUGACUUGCUCCCCGUGGUGGACUCGCUCAACACGUCCAGCCAUUUCCCGACCAUGUACUUUCGAGCAGCCACCGACCUCACCAACGGCCUGGUGCAGCUCUUGAGCGAUUACCCGCGGUUGCGCUUCAUCGUCACCACGCUGGGCGAGAAGGGCAGCGUGUGGAUAGAGAAGGCCAACGCCGAGAGCUGCUCAGAGCUCGGCGAUGAAGGAGCCUCCACGGUGGAGGCGUUCGUCGACCGCAACUACGACCAGUGGUCGCGCGCCGAGAGCGAGUGGUGCCCCAGCUACACCAAGUGA